AUGGCCAUGGCUAUUUCGGCCGAGCAGCCUGUCAUGCCCAGUGAGGUGGAACAGAUGUCACUGCUGCGGGCCGAGUCGCCUUCCAUGACGAUGCGCGACAGCGUCCCUUGGCGCGGUCAUCGCCCCGCGCUGAUGGCAUGUUCCCUGUGUUCCCUGGGCCUGGUGGUUUUACUGCUGGUCAUCUCUGGCGAAAAAGCUAGGGAUGUUGCGCAUCUCAAAGAACUUCAACAGAAGCAGGAGACGCCUGUCCAGUUUCAGCUGGGAGGGACCCUGGUCCCUGGCCCCGGCUGCCCUGCCACCUGUGGUGAAUUCGUAGAGUGUGCCUUGGACCGGCGCAGCAAGCAGAACCUACUGGAUCUGCAGUGGCUAGCAGAUUCGCAAGCUUUGGCCAUCCCCGGAACAAUCGGAGCUGGUCUGGCUUACGACAAGGCCACAGGAUCUCUAGCCCUUUAUCCAGAAGUCCUGGCACUGAGCAAACCCACCAGGCUGGCCAAUAAGCAGGUGGUACCGAGGACACCAGACUUCCAGUGUCCCAACACUAGCUGCUGGAUACCAAGGGGCUAUUUGAAUGAUGAUUACUGUGAUUGUCCAGGAAGCUGCGCUGAUGAAGAGUUUCACAGCUGUGAGGAGUGCGGAGUGGGACUGACAUCGUUUUCGUCCUUUUCGGUGAGUCCGGAUGCAUGUCCCGACCUUCGGUGCCGUGACCCAGCUUUGGACCAGUUCUUCAGCCAACGCUGCUUGGGACCCGGGGUGGUCACGGAUCCUUUCAUUUGUCCGGACGACGGUGGCACACCUGGGUGCACCAUCAACAAGAGCUUGGUGGACAACAACGUGUGCGACUGCCCUGGCACCUGCGCGGACGAGACAUCGUACACAUGUGAAAACUGUUCCGCGGUAUUAGCCUUUGUGAAUUUGUGGUUCUUGCGUUUCUUUUUGCGGUGUCCCUUCUCGUUGGGCUUGCAGCCCUUCGAACGGAGUAUUUCAAUGUCCUGCCGUGAUGUUUGCCAGUGCCCGACCGCGUGCCAACAACUCUACAACUAUUACUAUUCUGAUUACCCGGAUGAACUUCAACCCCCAGGCGUUGAUGCCAUUCUCUGCACAUGGGCGCAAGCCGCUGCGCAACUGCCUCGCUUCCAAUGUCCACCUCCUGGCAAGUGCUCCUUACCACUCGGAUUUGUGAACGACAACGUCUGCGACUGUCCAGGAACAUGUGCUGAUGAGGAAAACUGGGACUGUGACACGUGCGUGUGUCCAGAUGUUUGCGGCAUCAGGAAUCGCAAUUGUUUUGACGUCUACUUUGCUUGCCCACUCAGCAAUUGCACUAUCAGUAUCUACCGCCUCAACGAUGGGAACUGUGAUUGUCCAACCUGCGCAGAUGAAAACAAUUUUACCUGCGACACUUGCGCUUCUGGGUGCCCAACGAACCAGACUUGCCACCAACAGUUCUUGUAUCCAUGUGAGUAUCGGACCUUCAGGUGCCCUCAACGCCCGGAUGCUUCCCAAUGCAUUAUUGCACCCACUUUCUUGAACGACAACUUCUGUGAUUGUGACGACUGCUCAGACGAAGAGGCUUGGGACUGCAGCAAUUGCUCAUCCGGCUGCCCGGAGGUUUGCCCCGGAGGCAACGGAAACUUUGUUGCUCCCGAAAUAAACGGCGAAAGAUUCCCCAAUUAUCAGAGGGCAGUCAACUGCUUUGGGCAGCAGUUCAACUUGAAUUUUCCCGUUCAAUGCCCUGGCUAUCCUGCACAUCCCGGCUCACCCGCCAUGAAGCUCGGAUGUGCCAUAAACUACACGGCGCUGAAUGACAACAACUGUGACUGCCCCUCAUGCAGAGAUGAGAACAUUGAAAUCUGUGAAGAUGGCGUUUGCAGCUCCUCCAUCUUCUGCAGUCCCGGGGGGGUGAACUCGAGGAUCUGCAAAUGCCCCAGCAGCUGCGGGGAAUCGACCAGCUGCGCGGGGAAAUGCAUGGGAGAUCCGCUGCUCUUUUCCUUCGUUGAAGAGUUCCCGAUUGAAUGUGUCUACUUCUGUCCGGGCGUUUAUUGUGGCAAGCACGUGCAGAUCCUGAACAACAGCGUGUGCGAUUGUGUCAACUGUGAAGAUGAAGCGGACUGGUCCUGCGCUACUUGUCAAUGCCCUGCCGCACCACUUGAAGUUUCCGAGUUCAACGAACAGGGCUGUGGCUUUGAGCCCUUGGAUGUGGUGGUGCAAGGGAAGGGUCUGCUGGACGAUUCGUUGCGGGGCAAAUUCUAUUGUUUCUUUCGUCCCUUUGACUUUGAGGAUCCUUUUCCCAGGAAAUUGCCCGAUGGCCUGGAUGGAUCCAUGGCGAACGAGUUGCUGGAAAGGGCCAGCAAGACGCCAAGAAACAAUCGGUUGGAGCUGGCGAUAGAUGACCUUGUGAGCCGGGCGCUGGCAGAUGAUGAAGUCAGGAAAACCAUGGAGUCGGCCACUGCAGACGGGUAUACUGGGCCAGCCUUGCAGGCCGAAAUGGAUGCACUUGCCACGUCCAUCGGGAUGGAAAAAAAGUCGGAGGCCUAUGGUUUGGUGCAUUCGGCGCUGGCAGAACGCGAGGUUCAAAAAGUGCUGGAAAAUUGUGUAACCACAGGCUUCAGUGAAGGAGCCAAGGAGGAAGUGAGGCUUCUUGCGCUCAAGAAAGCCAUGGCCCCACAACCUGAGAGGUUGGAACUGGGGCUGAAGCCUCUAUAUCUACCCCGCACUUUGCCUUCAGGUGACAAAACGUCGCGGCGACUGCAAGCGGACUUCGCCGAUUCAUUCAAACCCCUCCAGAGGUUUGAUUGCCCGGGGACCGAAUGCUUCAUCCCUCAAUCCGGCGUCAACAAUCGCGUUUGUGAUUGCCCCGGCUGCGAAGACGAGGAGGCCUUUGGCUGUGGCACAUGCAUCCCCGUUGUGCCCUUGGGAUCAGUGCCCGUGCCGGCGCAGACCAACAUUGGAGUGGCUGUAGGUGUCAGCCUUGGCGUGGCCGUGGGCGUUGGUUUGGGCGUGGGUCUGGGCGUGUCGGCGGCGCUCAGCGGCGUCUUCGCGGCCGUGGGGCUGGUGCAGUUCACCGUGGCCAACGCGGAGGAGUUCAUCAACAACCGCAACGUGCAGCAAGGCUUGAAGAAGGCCUUCAUCCGCUUGGCCGGCUUAGCCAUCGCCGAAGCCGCCGUGACUCUGAAUUGGGCCUGCGCGGGCGAUGCGCUGGCGCAGUUGAACAGCAAGCUGCGACGGCUGGGAGAGGCAGUGAAGUUGUGCUUCGAGAUCGAAAUUGAAGGCGAGCAGCAAAGCUUGGAGGCCUGUGAGCUCCUGGCGGGGACCUCCCCCGGAAACGCGGCGCGGGUGAUCAAUGAGGAGCUGAAGGAAGUGAGCGAUCAGGAGGUCCAGGUUGUGCAAUGGACUGCCAAUCCGAAUCCACGCAGCAAGAACCCCACCAGCGCUGAGCUGCCAAGGUCCUUCGAAGCGCCUAAGGCAGUGGUCGGACCCAAGGUGCCUGCAGUCGGACCCAAGGCGCCUGUCGGAGCGCCUGCAGUGCAAACACCGGUGGUUGUGGAUGGGGUGACAACAGCAGUACCAGUCAAAGAAGGGGUUGAGAUCUGGCAACAAAGUCAGGGAUCUCUUGCUCCAGGACUGGUGCGGAAGUGCGGGCUGGUGACUGGCGAGGCCCUUGGUCAAGCAUUGGAGCUCCCGGCUGGAGACGUGCUAUGUGAAGUGGAACAGACGUCACUGCUGGCCGAGUCGCCUUCCAUGACGAUGCGCGACAGCGUCCCUUGGCGCGGUCAUCGCCCCGCGCUGAUGGCAUGUUCCCUGUGUUCCCUGGGCCUGGUGGUUUUACUGCUGCUCAUCUCUGGCGAAAAAGCUGGGGAUGUUGCGCAUCUCAAAGAACUUCAGCAGAAGCAGGAGACGCCUGUCCAGUUUCAGCUGGGAGGCACCCUGGUCCCUGGCCCCGGUUGCCCUGCCACCUGUGGUGAAUUCGUAGAGUGUGCCUUGGACCGGCGCAGCAAGCAGAACCUACUGGAUCUGCAGUGGCUGGCAGAUUCGCAAUAUCCUGAAGCAGGAGGCAGCCAAAUCCUCGGAGCUGGGCUGGCUUACGACAAGGCCACAGGAUCUCUAAACCUUUAUCCAGAAGUCGUGGCACUAAUCAAACCCGUCAGGCUGGCCAAUAAGCAGGUGGUACCGAGGACACCAGACUUCCAGUGUCCCAACACUAGCUGCUGGAUACCCAGGGGCUAUUUAAAUGACGAUUACUGUGAUUGUCCAGGAAGCUGCGCUGAUGAAGAGUUUCACAGCUGUGAGGAAUGCGGUGUGGGACUGACAUCGCGUUCAUCCUUUUCGGAGAGUCCGGAUGCAUGUCCCGACCGUCGGUGCCGUGACCCAGCUCUGGACCAGUUCUUCAGCCAACGCUGCUUGGGACCCGGGGUGGUCACGGAUCCUUUCAUUUGUCCGGACGACGGUGGCACACCUGGGUGCACCAUCAACAAGAGCUUGGUGGACAACAACGUGUGUGACUGCCCUGGCACCUGCGCGGACGAGACAAACUACACUUGUGAAAACUGUUCCGCGGUAUUAGCCUUUGAAUUUGUGGUCAGUUUUGUUGGUGCGUGA